AUCUUGUCAUCACGAACUACAUACUGUAAACAACAACAACAGCUGGGAGGAACGAAGAGUUGAAUCUCACGAGCCGUUUUUAUCAAACUGUCAAAUUCCCCAAUCUAAAAACAGAAAACUCAAAAAAAAAAAAAAACCCUCCUAGGGUUUCCAUUAGAGAUAUUAGAAAGAAAAGAAUAUUUCAACUGUUUGAUCCAUUACUUGAGAUUUUUAUCUUCCAGAUAGGAGCUCGAUUCGAAAGAACUGUGGAAUUCAAAUAGGUGGCAUAUAAAGACUACGAUGUCUUCCAUAAAAAGCAUCAUUCGUCUGGAUGAGGUUUGCUAAAGUUUCCUAACCAUGGAAGACCAGACACCACCAAUGCGUCCGGAGAAUAUAAUAGACAUUCCAAAUGAACAGGUCUUUGCAAAUGGAGACAUCUAUGUUGGUAAAUUUAAGGGAUUUCUUCCUCAUGGAGAGGGAAAAUAUACCUGGUCCGAUGGAAAGAUCUAUGAAGGUCAGUGGGAGGAAGGAAAAAUGACAGGAAAAGGUUGCAUGAGAUGGAGAUCAGGAGCGACUUAUGAAGGCGGUUUUUCUGGUGGUUACCUUCAUGGUUUUGGUACCCUUACCGGUGUUGAUGGGUCUGUAUAUACAGGGGCCUGGAGAAUGAAUGUACAGCAUGGAACUGGUAGAAAGGAUUACUCCAACUCAGAUUUUUAUGAAGGUUCCUGGAAAGAGGGAUUACAGGAAGGUAAUGGUCGGUAUGUAUGGAAUACUGGGAAUACAUAUGUUGGGAACUGGAAAGCCGGAAAUAUGUGUGGUAGAGGGGUUAUGAUGUGGGCAAAUGGUGAUGAAUUCCAUGGCUUUUGGUUGGAUGGAUUGAGACAUGGUUCGGGGUUGUACAGUUUUGCCAAUGAAGGAUACUAUGUGGGAACAUGGAGUAGGGGACUAAAGGAUGGCCAAGGUACAUUUUAUCCUACUGGAAGCAAAGUUUUAUCUUUACCCAAGUUGUACAGGGAUCUUGGACGGGAUGGUGAUAAUCAAAGUGUUCUCUCUCAUACUUCAUCAGUCGGUGCGAAGGAGUUUAAGGUUUGGAAACGGCGAAUAACACGUAGUCUCUCUGAAAAAUUCCUUGCUGGUGUUCGUAGGAAAAAAUCAGUUCGGAUAUCAAAUAGGUCUGUAUCGCUGCACAGUGAUUGGUGUCCCGGCGAUUCUGUAAAAGAUGUUCCACUGAGGGAAAGAGCUCGUGCCUUAUCUUUACCAUUUAGGGAAGGUCAUGAUACAGUGGAGGAGGAUAAUUUAGUAUAUGUAAGGGAAUACAUGCAAGGAGUCUUGAUUAAGGAGAGUGUUCAGAAUUAUGCAGAAGGAAUGGAUAAUAGAAGUAAAAUGAAAAAUAGAUUGCAAGAUAAAGAAACAAAAAAAAGGCCAGGGGAAAUUAUUUUUAAAGGUCACAGGAGCUACUAUUUGAUGCUUAAUCUCCAACUUGGUAUCAGGUACACUGUUGGAAAGAUCACACCAGUGCCUAUGCGUGAAGUUCGCUCAUCUGAUUUUGGACCUCGAGCUAGAAUACAAAUGUACUUCCCUAGAAAUGGUUCACAAUUUACUCCUCCGCAUUAUUCAAUUGGUUUCUGGUGGAAGGACUUUUGCCCAAUGGUAUUUAGGAACUUGAGGGAGAUGUUCAAGAUUGAUGCUGCUGAUUACAUGAUGUCCAUCUGUGGCAGCGAUGGCCUGAGGGAGCUUUCUUCUCCUGGAAAAAGUGGCAGCAUCUUUUAUCUUUCCCAGGACGAAAGAUUUGUUAUUAAGACCUUAAGAAGACAUGAGUUGAUGGUUCUUCUUAAAAUGCUUCCAAACUAUUACAAUCAUGUACAAAGCUAUGAGAACACCCUCAUAACGAAGUUUUUUGGGCUUCAUCGGAUAAUGCUUAAAGGUGGACGGAAGGUGCGAUUUGUAGUAAUGGGAAACAUGUUCCGCACGGAAUUACGAAUUCACCGUCGUUUUGAUUUGAAAGGUUCAUCUCAAGGAAGAUACACGGAUAAACAGGAAAUUGAUGAGAAUACAACGUUGAAAGAUCUUGAUCUGUCUUAUGUGUUUCAGAUGGACAAAUCAUGGCGUGAAUCACUUUUUAAACAAAUAUCAUUAGAUUCUACGUUUCUGGAGUCACAAGGCAUAAUCGAUUAUAGCCUCCUGCUAGGUGUACAUUUUAGAGCUCCUCAGCACUUGAAGGUCUUCUCAGGCUCUGCCUUAACCGAGCUCAGCUACUCUGGUUCUUCAAAAUCUCAUGGUAUGUCUUCCCAAGAACUCUCAGUUCCUCCUAAGGGCCUGCUCUUGGUCACCCAUGAGCCAAGCUCUGUCAGUACUGCUCCAGGUCCUCACAUUAGAGGUAGUACAUUGAGGGCAUCCACUGCAGGCAACCAGGAAGUUGAUCUUCUUUUACCUGGGACUGGCAGGUUGCGAGUCCAACUGGGAGUGAACAUGCCAGCUCAAGCAAACUGCAAGCUUCCUCAUGAAGAGGAUGAUGAAUCAACCGUUGAUCUCAUCGAGGUCUAUGAUGUUGUUCUCUAUCUUGGUAUUAUUGACAUAUUGCAAGAAUACAAUAUGAAAAAGAAAAUCGAGCAUACUUGCAAAUCAUUUUGUUAUGACCCAAAUACAAUAUCUGCUGUUGAACCCCAUUUGUAUUCUAAGCGUUUUGUCAGUUUCUUGGAGAAAGUUUUUCCGGAUCAAACUUGAAGGGAAGUAUGCCUCAGGUUAAGGUCUUCCAUUUGUUUUUGAGAUAAAAUUGUGCAGCGGCGAAGGUAAAAAAACGAAAGAGAAAUUUCCUGAUACUGCAUGACAUUACGGUCUGGCAAAUGGCAAGUCUGGUUUCCAUGAUGUUUGCCUUGUGGCCAAAAUUUGCUAAAGGACCUCGUGGCUGAACACUUGUCAUAUGAGUUAGUCAAAAUCUGCACUGCAUUGCGACUCAAAACCAGCUCCGUAACACAACCUGCUUUGGGGACCUAAAUUUGACAUUCAAACAGAAUUUAUCCUGCCAAUUUACCAAUGUAAGCCAAAUUCUAUUUGUAACUCAAAAUUUGUCACUCUAUACAAAAGGAAGUUCAUAGUAUAGAAGGAAGGACAUAAAUGUGCCGAGAAAAAGAAAAGAUUAUUUGCUUUAACCAAGAAUUAAGUCUUAAUCUCGGCCAUCUGAUCAAAGAAAAAUAAAAAAAAAAUCAAGUUUUAAUUCCCUCGUAGCCAUGGACAUUAUUUAAAUUAGCAAACUUCAACUAUACCAGGUGGGCUAAACCUAAAAUAGCGUUAACAGAAAAAGAAAAA